AUGGAUGCAGAAGAUUUUCAAGCUUCAGCCCAAAGCCAUUGGAAGAAUUUCAAUUCGGGUAAUCUCUCUUUUUCUGACCAAAAGCUUGAGUAUACUGAACCGUUGUUUAAGGAUGGUAAGAAAAUUGCUCAAAUGGAUGUUGAGGAAGUUAAAAGCCAGCCGGCCAAUUGGAGUUCUGCUGUUAUUUGCAUGGUGCUUGGAGCAAACCCACCCAUGGCUGUGUUUGAAGGGUUUAUCAAAAGGGUAUGGGGUCAUUUAGGGAUUGCACAAAUAGCUAGGAUGACAAUGGGUCUGACUAUGGUUAAAUUUAAUGAUGAUGCCACAAGAGAUCAGAUUUUGGAAACUGGAAUUCUUCACUUUGAUAGGAAACCAGUGAUCAUUCGGCCUUGGUCUUCAGAUUUGAGUGCUUUUCAAAUGAUACGUUCAGUUCCACUUUGGAUCCGCUUACAAGAUCUUGGUCUCCAAUAUUGGGGAAGCAAAUGUCUUAGUGCUCUUGUUAGUACUUUAGGUAAACCGAUCAUGGUGGACAAGUUUACUCGUGAACAUUCUAGAGUUCAGUUUGCUAGGAUCAUGGUGGAGAUGGAAAUUAAUGAUAAUCCGCCUAGGACAAUACAAUUUUUGAACGAGCAUGGCCAGUUAUUAGAACAAGGGGUAGAAUAUGAAUGGUUACUUGUGAAGUGCAAAACUUGUGCGGGAUAUGGCCACACUAUGGCUGAUUGUCGUAAGGAACAGACAGCUUAG